AAUUUUCAAUUCUCUUUAGCGUUAUCACAAGAGUUUGAUAAGAAAUUUGUUUAAAGUCUUUCAUACUAGUAGCCCAUUAGCAACAAAACUGACAAGAUGUGUGUCACAAAAUUGAUAUUUCUCAUUUCUCUGUUUCUUCUCAAUAAUUCACUAGGUUCCUCAUUCUCUAUUAAUAAGCAAAAUAAUGUAGAAAUUACUGAGAGCGAUCAUGAUAAUGAUGGAGGAAGAAUAGUUGGAGGAAGUAACACCACAAUAAACAAAAAUCCAUAUCAGGUUGCUAUUAUAGGAAAUGAAGCCAUAUUCUUAGGAUCUGGUAUAAUCGUAGACAAACACUAUGUUUUAACAAUAUGUUCUUUGGUGAACUACUUAAUAACAUCAAAAGUGAACGUGCAAAUAAGAGCUGGAAGUACAAGGCAUGACAAAGGAGGCAAGAUGUACACGGUUGAAAAAAUAAUUUGUAACAAAAACUUCAGUAAAAUCAGUCUUGACAAUGACAUAGCUCUGCUCAGAAUAUCUUCAGCGAUCCAGUUCAACCGCAAUGUCAAGAUAAUAAAAGUGGCAAAAACGAAUUUGCAACCUGGAAAAGUUGUCACAACAAGUGGAUGGGGAACUCUGCUCAACGAGACUGAUAGAGUCAGUUUCCAGUCAGUUAAUCUGAAUAUUGUUGACAAAUCAGCCUGCCAGGAGAUCUAUCAGGAGGAUGAAAUAAAAGAUUCCAUGAUAUGUGCGCACACUCCGAGUAAAGGACCAUGCUGGGGUGAUUUCGGCAAUCCACUGGUGACGAAAAAACCACUGAAAGCAUACGGAUUAUUCAGCUGGGCGGCUAGGUGUGCAGACGAAAAGUACCCAGCAAUAUUCACAGAUCUCGUUUAUGCCAAUCAAUUCAUAAAUGAUAUAAUUCAUGCGAAUUAUGCAAAAAAGAGUUCAACAAUCAGACAAUGAGCGUUGAGAAUGGAAUGGAAAUGGUUGACGACCAAGAGACUAAUGAGUAUUCUGAAAAUGAAGAAUCAGAUACCUCUGAAAUGGUAAUUAACAGUUCUUAAUAACUUCGGAUUGAAUAUUCUUCGGGAAGAAUACUCUACAGGAUCGCUCUAAUUACAUUGGACAUUUUUCUUUCAAAUCAUUAUGAACGAAAUUUAAGUUUGAUCUAAGUAUGAUUUAAGUAUGAUUUAAUGUAGUUUAAGAGUACUGAAUGGAAAUAUGAAUAAUAAUAUGAACAAUUGAACGUGUAAACCUUGAAAGCUAUCAUGGAAAGAAUGAAAUUCUACAAAAUAUAGUAUUCGCAUAUCAAGAUUCAUGCAUCGACAAUAGCAGUAAACGCAUUCUUGAAAUCAAUUAAUCCAGUUUCCACUUUCAAAUCUGCUGAAUUCCAACUGCUUUUGAACAUUAGCUUCUGAAUUAGCUUUUUGUAUUAACAAUAAUUGUUUCUAAACAAAACUCUAAUCUGAAUUAAUUCUUCAUCAAUCAAAUGAAAAUGCAUCUGGAGAGAUCAGCUUCACAGCCCUUGGAAAAACGAAUUAGUCGAAGCACUACCUCAACUCAACGUUCAACUGUUCAAUUCAAGUCAUUUCAAGAAAGAAAACAUUCAUCUAAUUACUUUUUAAUUGCUGGUAGGAGAUGUGAAUGAAUUUCAAAUGAGUUUCAUUGUCGAUCAACUAUCGACCAAUCAGAUCAUGGAUUCAACCUCAAGCUUAUCCGAUCCGUGACCAAUCCUAUGAAAUUGAAAUUUUAUUUGGAAAUGUAAUUUAAUACUCUAUUGAGAAAAUGAAAAUAAUAAAUGGAGUUAAAAAGAAAUUGAAAAAUGAUUAACAGUA